GCGAGUAGUGUAUAGUUUUUUACGGGACUUGCGGUUACAGACAGAUACACGUUCCCGUUAUUUAAUCAUUUACAGACAUGAAAAGUGCUCGAUGAAGGCUUUCAUCAACAAUGGCUGUCGUGUCGUGGAAGGAGAUCUGUCUUCUGGUUGGACUGGUGGCGGUCUGCUACUGGAACAGCCUGUCUUGUGGUUUUGUGUUUGAUGAUGUAUCAGCCAUCUUGGAUAACAAAGACCUUCGUCCUUCGACGCCUCUUCGAAACCUCUUCCUCAAUGACUUCUGGGGGACACCCAUGUCAGAGGAGAGGAGCCAUAAGUCCUACAGGCCUCUGACUGUCCUUACCUUCCGCCUCAACUUCCUCUUGAGCGAGCUCAGUGCUGCGUCUUACCAUCUGCUCAACGUUGUUCUGCACGCCGCAGUCUGUGUCCUCUUCCUACGCUUCUGCCGUCUUUUCCUGGACCGCAGCUCCAGCCUGGUAGCGGCUCUGCUGUUUGCUGUCCACCCCAUCCACACAGAAGCUGUCACCGGAGUCGUCGGGAGGGCUGAGCUCCUGUCCUCUAUAUUCCUCUUAGCUGCCUUCUUGGCCUACACCAAGUCUAAAGCUUUGGAUCACUCCAUUGUGUGGACACCCAUUGCUUUGACUGUGAUCUUGGUUGCAGUCGCCACGCUAUGCAAGGAGCAGGGAAUCACUGUCAUUGGGGUAUGCUGUGUCUACGAGGUGUUUGUGGCUCAAGGGUUCACCCUACCCGUGUUAGUGGACACGAUGCUGCAGGUGCUACGAGGGAAGGACGGAGUGCCAUACGUUAUCCUACAGACUCUGCUCAAACUCAUCGUUCUCAUCAUCAGCACUUUACUCCUGGUCAUCGUGCGUGUGCAGGUCAUACAGUCACAGCUGCCUGUGUUCACCAGGUUUGAUAACCCCGCAGCUGUCAGUCCCACCCCGACCAGGCAGCUGACGUUCAACUAUCUCCUGCCGGUGAACGCGUGGCUCCUGCUCAACCCGUCUGAGCUGUGCUGUGAUUGGACUAUGGGCACCAUUCCCCUGAUUGAGUCUGUCUUGGAUCCUCGUAACCUGGCGACGCUGGUGUUCUACAGCCUCCUGGGUCUUCUGGCUUACCAUAGCCUUCGACACGCUCACAGCUCAGCCAAGACAGUGAUCAUGGCCCUCUCUUUCAUAGGCCUUCCCUUCAUCCCUGCAUCCAAUCUCUUCUUUCCUGUCGGCUUCGUGGUGGCGGAGAGAGUCCUCUACGUUCCCAGCAUGGGAUUCUGCGUCUUAGUAGCACAGGGCUUUAAAAACCUGUCGCAAAGAGGAAACUUGAAGAAAGUCUCCUGGUUGUUCAUGGGAGUACUUCUAGCCACACACGCAGUGAAGACUUUUAACAGAAACUGGGAUUGGGAGUCUGAGUACACACUUUUCACCUCUGCAUUAAAAGUGAACAAGAACAACGCCAAGCUUUGGAACAACGUUGGCCAUGCUCUGGAAAAUCAAAACAACUACGAGAGAGCUUUGAGAUAUUUCCUACAGGCCACCAGGGUCCAACCAGAUGACAUUGGAGCUCACAUGAACGUUGGAAGGACUUACAAAAAUCUUAAUCGGACAAAGGAAGCCGAAGAGGCGUAUCUUGUUGCAAAGUCCCUUAUGCCCCAGAUUAUUCCAGGUAAGAAGUAUGCCACUCGCGUCGCCCCCAACCACCUCAACGUGUACAUAAACCUGGCCAACUUGAUACGCGCCAACGACUCCCGUCUGGAGGAGGCUGAUCAGCUCUACAGGCAGGCCAUCAGCAUGCGGCCGGAUUUUAAACAAGCGUACAUAAGCAGAGGGGAACUCUUGCUGAAGAUGAACAAACCCACUGAGGCCAAGGAUGCUUACCUGCGGGCGCUUGAAUUGGACCGCACCAACGCAGACCUGUGGUACAACUUGGCCAUUGUCAACAUCGAAAUGAAAGAGCCCUCAGAGGCACUGAGGAACUUCGACCGUGCGCUCGACCUUAACCCACGCCACAAGCUAGCCCUCUUCAACUCUGCCUUGCUGAUGCAGGAGUCUGGUGAGGCAAAGUUCCGGCCAGAGGCCAACCGUCGGUUCCUCACCUACGUGGAGGAAGAGCCGAAUGAUGCCAACGGGUACUUCAACCUGGGCAUGCUGGCCAUGGACGCCAACGAGAACGUGGCAGCGGAGCACUGGAUGCGACGGGCCAUCGAGCUUCAGCCCGGUUUCCGCAGCGCCCUGUUCAACCUGGCUCUGCUCUACUCCCAGUCGCAGCGUGAGUUGGAUGCCCUGCCCGUUCUGGAUGACCUGCUCGCACACCAUCCUGAGCAUGUUAAGGGCCUGAUCCUCAAAGGCGACAUCCUCAUGAACCAUCGUAAAGACACGCGAGGGGCCAAAGCCUGCUUCCAACGCAUCUUGCGCAUGGACCCCACCAAUGUGCAAGCCAAACACAACCUGUGCGUAGUGUACUUUGAGGAGCGGGACCUCCCGAGAGCAGAGCGGUGCCUGGAGGAGACGCUCGCCAUGGCUCCUCACGAGGAGUAUGUUCGCCGCCACCUCGCCAUCGUCCGCAGCAAGAUCGCUGCCAUGAGCGCCGCCGGUAAGCCACUGGUGCCAGCAGAGGGCGCUGACAUCCAAAAGAAGCGGCUGCAGGAAGAGGAAGAGGAGGAGGAGGAGGAGGAGGGGGAUGAAGGCCAAGGAGUCAGCCCUAGAGCCAGGGAGGGGGCCGGGAAUGAUAAGAAUUUGCGGAAAUCCUCCCCCGCAGAAAGCUCAAGUGGUGGGGGCGAGGGCCAGUCAAAGAAGCUGGAGGCUAGCCAGCAUGACAAGCGGACUAAAACCAAAUCCACAAAAGAGAUUAAAGACAUAGAAAAGAAAAGAGCGGCGGCCUUAAAGAGACUGGAAGAGAUUGAGCGCAUAUUAAGCACAGAUUAACCUUGUUGUUUAUCUACUACCGGACUACUUUUAUAUAACAAUUUAAAGCGCAAGAGACAGAGACUUCGUUUUCAAAACAAGCCCUUGUGUAUGCAUGCUUUAAUGGCCCCCAAGUAUAAGAGUGAGCGCUGUAUUUU